CGCGUUACUACCGACGUAUGCAUAGCGCCUACAACGCCACCCUUCCGGACAAGGACGAGGUCGUUCGUCGACUCGCCGUCGAAAAGAAAAUCCUGUCCGUCCUGGACACUGUGCGAGCAUCACGGACCGGUGCGAAGCCCGCGGUAACCAGCUUGCGCAAGAUACUAACCACCAUCGCCAACGCGAAACUCUCCGACUGGCUCGAACCAAUCAGGGCUGCCUCUGGCUCGAAGGCCGCUGAUGAGAACCAACUCGUGUCUGUGCAAGACGUGCGCUUGCUACGGGUGGUAGACGAGUUGCUGUCGGCUCACAGCUCGCAACACCUGCUGGAACACUUGUCCUGGUGGCUGCUUCAGCGGCUGACGGUGAUUGGAUGGCCGCAGGGGUAUGACGUCAUUGCCGGGAGCGAAACAGCUGCAAAAUAUGCCGUCAAGCUGGACUGCUACACACUGGCAGCCACCAGGUUCGCUCUGCUGUUCGCAUCGGAGAGCGCAGUCCAGCUGUUCUCGGUUGAAACGCGUCACCGCGCCGAGACAUUCCUCAGAGACCUCAUCUCAGACUUGGCGGACGUAGCUGGCAAGGCUCCCUGGCUGAGCGACAAGGCUAAAGCCGCCGCUCGGAAAACGCUUCUGGAAAUUGAAGUACGCAUUCCACGAGGCAGCUAAAGGUGCUUGAGGGUGGCGAUAACAUAAAGGACUACGGGCAUUUAAUGUACGUCAAAUGAAUGUCCUUUCAAUCUUACAUAAAAGCAAUGACAAGCCUCAGAGCACCCUCAAUGCCGUCGAACCCGGAUAUACCGAACCCACAUACAACGAAUUAUUCUGGAUAACGAACACCAGUAUUAUCUCUGAAAAUGUUUAUACAAUUUUUAUUUUAUAUAUCGAAAUACCUAU